AUGACACAGAUUACUUCGAACAGUCAGAGUAGAUUGAAAGCAAGCAAUGAACAUGGGGAUUGGGAAGACCUGAAUGCUCCUUCUAAAACGAGCGUUCUCAGAACCCUUAACAAGAAAGUCCUCACAAUUCUUCUCAUUGGAGAAACUGGAAGUGGUAAAACUUCCUUCAUGUCAUUGCUCCUGAAUCUGUUCGAAGGAAAUGGACCAUUUGAACUGAAAGACAAACACGUCGAUGAAGACCAAUCUGGUUUAGACAAGUCCAAAAGCCAGACGACAUGGGCAAGGAUCUACACUUUUACCACGAGUGACGGUCAUAAGAUCAAGAUAAUUGACACACCUGGCUUAGCUGAUACACGUGGUAUGGAUGAAGAUAAGAGGCACAAGGAACGAAUUCAUGGCGUAAUUCAAGAAUUGGCCACGGAAAUCGACAGCGUCAUGAUAGUCGCAAAUGGGACGAUUGAACGAUUGUCCCUGGCCAUGGAUUACACAAUGAACACGCUCGCAACUUGGUUUCCUCGCUCCAUCCUGCCCAACAUCGGGAUAUUAUUCACUAAUGUAUCCGCCGCGGGUGCUGGAUUAAAUUUCCAGACGGAAAGCUUACCAUUGGAGCUCCGGGAGGUUGAAUACUGGUGCUUGAACAACCCGCUUUCCCUCUUCAAAAGCUAUGCACAUCGAAAAGCAACGGGAAGUUUUGCGAGAAACCGAGAAUCAGCUCAGAGGUCUAGUAUUGAAAGUACCUAUCAUGAAACACUUUCAACCCUUGACGACUGGCUUGAGUGGCUUGACGAGCGCAAGUCAAUACCCACUUCAGCUAUCAUUGAUCUGUAUCAAAAGUCUUCGCACAUUGAAGCUUGUUUAUUCCGAAACAUCAUGUACGGCGCUGAACUAUCCAAAUUUAAGGACCAGCUAUCAGCAGUAACGCAGAAUCUAGACUCCAUAGCAAAGAAGAAGGAACGGAACAAAGCUCUGCAACAGACCCUUUCCCCAACAUCCUGGGUGCUAAAAGAGACUUCCGACUAUAAUACAAUAUGCAUCUUCUCGGACUGCCACACCAACUGUCAUACAAGUUGCUCCCUAGAGGUAGGCGAUACAGAACAUAUAGGGGGAUCGUGCAGGGUUUUCAAGACACUUAGAAUACCGAAUAAAUGGUUGCCCUUUUGGAGCAACGAGAAAGUCAAGUGCGGCCAGUCCGAAUGCAAGCAUGAAGCUCAAUCGCAUCGCCACUAUCGCCAAAUUCAUCAACAGGUGGAAAACGAAAGCUACAAGCAGAUAGCUGAGGAGCUUGGAGCGGCUACUGCAAAUAAUGGGAAGCUCGAGGAUCUCAAGACCAGCAUCCAAAUCGAGAUAGAAACAAUAUCGCGGAGUGCUGAAGAAUCAAAGCAAGAGAUCCUAAGGCUCGUAGAUGAGCUUAACUGUCUUUCCCUUAGCCCAAACUAUGCAGGCUACAUCCAGUCCGCGUUGUAUAUCCUCAGUAUGAGGAAGGUGCAACUAAUGUCUCGCACCGAUUCCGCAAGCGAGAUGGAAACGAUCAAACAAGGUAUCGAAGCAUUUGAAGCCCACCUGGAACUCCUCCGGGCCAAGGAAGCCGGACGAGUUGUAGAGGCGUCAACAUAA